AUGUUCGAUAACAACGGUGAGGAAGUAACCAAGUACAACAUUACCAACUUAUCAGGUACCAACAUACGAUUGCAGAAGCGCAAGACCCGCAGCUCACGACGAAGAAAAGUACCAAACCAAUCUGUGGAACAAGCGCGCCUUGAACUACGAAAUAUUCGAUAA